GAAGCAGUUUUCGCAGUAUACUUGCCCUCGAUGCAAUUCGCGGUAUUGCUCACUUCAAUGCUACAAGUCUCAUAGCGUUCGUUGUACAGAGUCUUUUAUGCGAGAAAAUGUAGUUAAUGAGCUGCAGCAUCUGCGGCCUGAUGAUGAAACCAAAAGGAAGAUGCUGGACAUACUGAGACGAUUUCAUUCCGACGAGGAACGUGAUAGCAUGGAUGAGGAUGUGGAUGGUGAUGGUAUGGCCGUUUGGGUUUACAAAUUUAUUUUCUCUUGUAAAUGUUAGUUUCUCUGCAAUAUUUCUUGAUUCAUUUGUUGUGACAUACGUUAGAAGUGGCAUUAAAGUCGUAUAUAUGCAGUGAAUGAAUCUUGUGGAAUUGAGUUUAUUCUUACUAUUGAUUCUUUAAUUCUUUCCCAGUGGUUAUCUGUAUUGUAUGCUUCUUUGUGCAAUGCAUGCUGCUGCAAACAAGUAGUAGUAUUUUUACAAAUCAUGUUUUGUUCGGUUUUUCGUAAAUGUGGUCUGGUUUGUUUCUGGAUUUGCAUAUCUAGUCUAGCAGUAAUUUUACAUGCACUACUAUUAUUGGAAAGGUGCCUUUACUAUAUUCUUCUUUUAUUUGUUGGCAGAUUCAACUCUUUCAGAGGAGACUAUUCAAAAAGUACUGUCAGGUUCUGAAAUCAGUUUUGAUGAUUUGUCUGCUGAAGAGAAGAAACGGUUCCAAAGAGCCAUAGCAUCUGGGGAACUGAGCAAGAUGAUUGAACCGUGGGAUCCUUGGUGGUUGAAGCCUGCUGCUAGAACAAUCUGUCUUAGCAAGGAAGGCGCAUUACUUGUUCAACCUGUUGCCAAGGAAGAAUCGUUAGUUCCAGAUGAAGAUGAUCUAGAAAGUAAUCCAUCAAGUGACAUUCCUUGUGGCCCCGAAACCCCACUUCCUCCACUUCACAAGCUUAUUUCAACAGAGCCAUCCCCACUUUUAGCUUUUCAUCUUGUUGAUAUUAUAUAUAGCUACUGUUUUACACUUCGCCUAUAUAAUGGAGACUGGCAAUCAGAUGCAUUAGAGGCAGCUACAGUGGUUCUGAGCAUAUCCUCUAUCUUGGGUCAAGGCCGGCAGCCAGAAACAGUACUGGAAGGUUUGUCUUAUUGCUUGGAGGAAACCUGCUCUCCGGCUUUCAAGCAUAUGGGUGGCUUACAAUUUGGAUUGGCACUUAUUGAUGAUGUAGUGAGCCUUCUUUCCCUCGGAGGUUCUGCUUUAAUUUGUAUGCUUAGUGAUCUACAGAGGCUGAUCCAGGCAGGCGAAAGAGAGUUGAAAUCUGAGAAACCGAGAAAGUUGAGAAAGGCAGAAAUCAAAAGCAAACUCAAACUUGCUGAUAGGAAGGUAUUUUUUAUCAUGUGUUGGGUACAUGAGCAGCCAGAGGAAGCAUGGUCAUCUCUAGCAGCCAUUGUGAAGGCCGAGAAAAUUUCAGCUAUGGAUUACAGAAGCAGUAAAAGUGUCACGAAAAUGGAGAAUAAGAUAGAAAAUAGGGGAAAAGUUUUGAUCGAGGAGAUAAAAUGAAUUUUUCACUGUCAUUUUUACAUUUUGACUUAUCCUGAAUUUUUUUGGUGCUGUUGUGUAUAUAUGUUGAUGUAGGGCCUUUUCUUCUUCUUCUUUUUUUUUUUUCUGUAUUAGACCUGAGAGAUCCAAAGCAGAAAAUUUUUGGGGCAAAUGUGCAAAGAUCAGGAAGAAAUUGUUUCUAUUUAU